UACAAUGCAUGGGCCCCAACGAACAGGUUCACCGCAACGUUCACCGUUAGAAAGAGUGAUAGAUAAGAGAUAAGAGUAAAAUAGCCACACCGCACCGAUCUCAUGUCUGUUUAUAAAUAGCGUGAGCGUUUAGACUAACGAUUGUUACGAUUAUAAUUUAUAAAGAUAACCGAAUAGUGAUUCGGCGCGUCUUGAUUCAUGUAAAGUAUCCGCGUGUGUGAUUGUACUUUCGUUUGAAAAAUAUGGAAGGAAAUGCAACGCUUUUUGAAAAUGUCUCCAACGAUGUUAUCGCGAAUGAGGUUAAAAAUAUGCUCCAAGAAAAUUACGAUAUAGUUGUGAAAACAAUGAAACGAUUGGAUGGCUACGAUGAUCUUAAUUUUCAAAUAAUACCACUUAUAGAGAAAACGAGCAACGUCAAUAAUCACACUCAAGUGUGUGUUCAUGGUUACGUAUUGAAGAUAUUUAGCUGGGAAAAUUCAACCAAUAUUGAAUUCAUAAGUGAAUACAUCAAUUUGUUGCUUCAUUUAAGGGAGCAUGACAUCAAAAGCCCUUAUCCAAUACAGAAUAAUAAGGCUGAAUAUAAAACUUAUUGGAGGAAAAAAGAUGUAACCAGUGCUAAUGAAGGUCUCGAUCCAAGCGCCUUACAGUCACUAGAACGAAUUCACGUUGUGCUGCUUCUUGAGUACAUUCCAGGAAAAUUAUUGAAUGAUGUAUCUUUUGGAAAGAAAUUCUGUUUUUCAUUGGGACAAAUCAUUGGUAGACUUCAUCAUGCUAUGAAACCGUUUUCCAAUUCUAAAGUACUACAAAGACCACACUUCGUGUGGAGUUUGAAGUAUGUCACUGAUACGCUGAAAUACACGAAAUUUGUGGAAGAAGAAGUGAAACGUUCGAUGGUUACUAAAGCAAUAGUAGAUUUUCAAAACGAAGUACUGCCGCAUAUGAAUGAACUAGAACAAGGAAUAAUUCACGGUGAUUUGAACAAAGCAAAUUUAGUAAUAUUUGAGAGGAGUGCUGGAAGUGAGCCAGAAUUAUACGGAAUCAUCGACUUCAGCGACAUAUCACAUUCAUGCUACCUAUUUGAUUUGGCAAUAACCAUAUUAUAUUUAUCAAUGGACCAGCCAGAUAAUAUAGAGAGUUUCACUGCCUCCGUUCUCUCAGGAUAUUCUAGAAAAAUGAGCGACUUGGAAUUGAAUUUAAUGAAAACUUGCAUAUGUGCUCGUAUCGCUCAGAGUUUAAUUUUAGGACUAUAUGCGUAUCAUUCAUGUCCUUCGAAUACAUACGUGCUCACGACUCAGAAACAAGGAUGGCCCUUAUUGGAGAAAUUACAAAAUCAAACAAAUGAAAGCUUCAUCGCAAAUAUAACGGAAAAAAUUACAUUUUGACAAUCGAGAACAGCUGUUUUUUCAUCUGAAAAAUUUAUUAGAACUCGCUGAAUUAUUUUAAAUAAUUAUAAGUACCUACAUAUUUUCAAAAUAUUCUUUGAUUCGAAAUCACUCACUUCACACGUUUAGUGUAUAAUCGUAGGUAGGUAUCAAUAUAAAUUACAAACAAUUUUUCUCGUAAAAUUUAUUCCAGGAGAUUAUUUACAUACUUCAGUAAGGUACAUUUUACAAUUUAUAAUACGUAGAACGAAACACAAGGCUGGUGAAUCUAUAACAUAAACAUUUAAAACAUUACAUUGUACACUAUGUAAUUACGAGAGGAACACAUACUCUAAUUUAAAGCAUAAUUAAACUAAAAUGGAUGCAAGGUACAUAUAUUUCACAUUAAACGCUUAAAUUUUUUUUCAA